AUGGAGCAGUUGGAUCACCGACUUAUACCACCAACUCUAUACGUGCUCUUGGAGGAGUUGGAACUGGUGCCCCCAACUGUGGGGAAGGAAGGCGAGGAGUGGAAGGUGGACCUCCCUUCCGAGGGAAAGGAGGGGGAGCUCGAGGAGGAGCUCCCAUCUGAGGAGGAAGAGGAGGAGGUGGAGCUCCCUUCCGAGGGGAAGGAAGAAGGGGAGCCUGAGGAGGAGCCCCCAUUCGAGGAGGAAGAGGAGUUGGAAGUGGUGCCCCCAACUGUGGAGAAGGAAUGCGAGGAGUGGGAGCUGGAGCUGCCUUUCGGGGGGAAGGAAGAAGAGGAGCCCGUGGUGGAGGAAGAGGAGUUGGAAGUGGUGCCCCGAACUGUGGAGAAGGAAUGCGAGGAGUGGGAGCUGGAGCUACCUUUCGGGGGGAAGGAAGAAGAGGAGCCCGUGGUGGAGGAAGAGGAGUUGGGAUUGGUGCUCCAUAUUGUGGGUUAG